AUGAUUAAAUCAAGGUCGCAGUUCUUUAAGAUUGCAACUUUGAGCAUUGUCUUUUGUGCGUCGGUGGUUGGUGGCAACAUUUCUCUCAGGUAUUUGGCGGUUUCUUUUAACCAAGCGGUGGGUGCAACCACACCUUUCUUCACGGCUGUUUUUGCUUAUUUGGCUACCUUUAAGAGAGAAGCUUGGAUUACAUAUGCUGCUCUUGUUCCUGUUGUUGCUGGUGUUGUCAUUGCAAGUGGGGGCGAGCCAGGGUUUCACGUAUUCGGAUUUCUUAUGUGCCUAAGCGCAACCGCUGCAAGAGCUUUCAAAUCUGUUCUUCAAGGCAUUUUACUUUCUUCUGAAGGGGAGAAGUUGAACUCGAUGAAUCUGCUCCUGUAUAUGUCUCCGAUUGCAGUUGUACUUUUGUUGCCUGCAGCGCUUAUCAUGGAGCCAAAUGUUAUAGAUGUCACAUUAGCACUUGGAAAGGAACAUAAAUUUAUGGGCGUGCUUCUUCUUCUUAACUCCGCCACAGCAUAUGCAGCAAACUUAACAAACUUCCUGGUGACAAAACAUACAAGUGCUUUGACACUCCAGGUAUUAGGCAAUGCAAAAGGUGCUGUAGCUGUUGUUAUCUCUAUACUGAUAUUCAGAAACCCUGUCACUUUUAUUGGCAUGGCUGGCUAUGCAGUUACUGUAAUGGGAGUUGUUGCAUAUGGAGAAACAAAAAGGAGGUUUAGAUGA